AGCAUGGUCUGAGAGACCCAUUUCAGGACUGCACAACAUUUUCAGGCAAUCUACAGUCAGACGGAACCAGGCAGGGAGACCUCAAGACGCGACUCCCUCCGACUUGACUCGCCCCGAACCAACCUCACCUCUACAUGCCACUCCUCCCCAUCCUCUUCAUCGACGCCUACGACUCCUUCUCCAAUUCAAUCAUCGCUCUGCUCGAAGCGGAGCUCCCUGUAUCUGUCACUAGCAUCAAAAUCGACGACCCGCGCUUUGUCCUCAACGACGAAGCCUUCUUCGCCUUUCUCCAUGAAUUCGAUGCAGUUGUCGCAGGUCCCGGACCUGGCCACCCUUCCCAUGCCCAGGAUAUUGGAUUGAUCGCCAAACUAUGGACCUUAUCGGAUGAACAUCUCUUGCCAGUGCUAGGAAUCUGCCUAGGAUUCCAGAGCCUAUGUCUCGCUUUUGGCGCCCGAGUCGAAAGACUCAAGGAGCCGAGACAUGGCAUCAUGUCCAUGGUGACGCAUCGCGGGAAAGAUGUCUUCGCUGAUACGGGCAAGGUUGUGGCGACGCAGUAUCAUUCUCUUCAUGUCAAGAUUGAAACGGAUGGCAAGGUUCCGAGUUUCUGGGAGUUGUCUGAGCAGUGUCCGGAGCUGAUGCCAUUGGCUUGGGAUCUGAUGAAUGUUUCCAAUGGUCCGAUUUUGAUGGCUGUAAGGCAUUGCGAGAAGCCGUUCUGGGGUGUGCAGUAUCAUCCCGAGUCGAUUUGUACGAAUGAGCAGGGGCAGAAAUUGAUUGGGAAGUGGUGGGAGCAAGUUGAGAUGUGGAGGGCAGCUCACGCAAAACCUACCCGCCAAGUCAUAUGGCGUAGACUGGACGCCGCACGGCCAAUCGACGUAGCUCGUCUAGUCGACGCACUGCGAGCCAACAAGGCAGCCGUCGAACCGCUUCUCCUAGAGUCUGGCUCACGAAAUGGGAAACAAGUCAACCCGGAGACUGGACGCUUCAGCAUCAUCGGUCUGCCAGACUCAACCUCGGAGCAGAUCCGAUACUUCACAAGCACCAGCGUGCUGGAGAUAUCUAGCAAUGGCGACAUUCAAUCAAGCAAGUCUGCAAACAUCGAUGAGGCAUUCUCGACGUUAGAUGCCAUCGUGAGGGAAAACAAAGCGUCAGGCGGUCCAGGACAUCUCCCAUUCUGGGGUGGACCCAUCGGAUACGUUUCAUACGAAGCUGGCCUGGAAACUAUCGACGUCCCUCCGAGUGGUGCUCACGCCGAUCGACCGGAUCUCUGGUUCGUGUUCAUCGAGCGCAGCAUCGUCGUUGACCACAAGGAGCAGUCUGUAUACAUUCAAUCCUUGCGCUGCACCGACUCCUCCUGGCUGGUCAAUACCAAAUCCACUCUACAACAAUAUCUCAACACAACAGAAUCCACCCUACCUCCGCUAGUCAUCACCAAUCCUCCCAUAACCAUCCUCCUCGCUCCCCAAAAAGUAACCUACUGCGCCAAAGUCUCCACCUGCCAAUCCCACCUCCGCGCCGGCUCCUCCUACGAACUCUGCCUAACCGACCAAACCACCCUCUCCACCACAUCCUCCGCCUGGUCCCUUUACACCCGUCUCCGAACCCGCAACCCCGCCCCUUUUGCCGCUUACCUCCACCUCCAACCUCCCACCACCGGCCCCUCCCUCUCCAUCGUGAGCUCCAGCCCUGAACGCUUCCUCUCCUGGUCCCGCACGGGGGAAUGCCAAUUCCGACCCAUCAAGGGAACGGUGAAGAAAGGUCCAGAUAUGACGAGGAAGAAAGCGGAGGAAAUUCUGGCGAGUCCGAAGGAGAGGGCGGAGAAUUUGAUGAUUGUGGAUUUGAUCCGGCAUGAUUUGAGUGGGGUUGAUGGAGUCACCGCAGUCCACGUCCCCAAACUCAUGUCCGUCGAAGAAUACCCCUCCGUCUACCAACUCGUCUCCGUCAUCGAGGGAACACUGUCUCCCUCUCACUCCGGCAUCAGUGUGCUCGCCGCCUCCCUCCCACCGGGAUCCAUGACUGGCGCACCGAAAAAGCGGUCCUGCGAAUUACUCCAGGAGAUUGAGGAGGGGAAACCGAGAGGAUUGUAUGCCGGCGUGAUUGGGUAUCUGGAUGUUGGUGGCGGAGGGGAUUUUUCGGUUGUUAUUCGGACGGCGUAUUCGUGGAGUGAUGACAAAACUGAGGGUAAGGAGGGGGAAGGGAUUUGGAAAGUCGGAGCGGGUGGUGCGGUGACGGUUCUGAGUGAGAUUGAAGGGGAGUGGGAGGAGAUGUGUGGGAAGAGGGAGAGUGUGCUGAGUGCGUUGAUUUAA